GCCGCCAUUGGCUGACGGCUCCGCGCUCCCGCGAGCUGAUUGGCUGCGAGCCGGGGGUGGCCGGGACACUUCCGGGUGUGCCCGCGGUGGCGGCGGCGGAGCGGGGCAGGGCCCCGUUGAGCACCAUGAGCACCGAGACGCUGGUGAAGGACGUGAAACCAGGGCUGAAGAACCUGAACCUCAUCCUCAUCGUGCUGGAGACGGGGCGGGUGACGAAGACCAAGGACGGACACGAGGUGCGCACGUGUAAAGUGGCCGACAAGAGCGGCAGCAUCAACAUCUCCGUGUGGGACGACGUCGGGAACCUCAUCCAGCCUGGGGACAUCAUCCGGCUCACCAAGGGGUACGCGUCCGUCUUCAAGGGCUGCCUCACGCUGUACACGGGGCGCGGGGGGGACCUGCAGAAGAUCGGAGAGUUCUGCAUGGUCUAUUCCGAGGUACCCAACUUCAGUGAACCCAACCCCGAGUACGCGGCGCAGCAAUCACAGAGCAAAGGGGCCCAGAACGAGAGCACACCCCCGCCCCCCCCCCCAGACGAGCCAAGGCCCCCCCGCGCCCCCCCCGGCGGCCGCAUCACCCGGAGCCAACCCGGACACCCCCCGCUCAGCAACGGCAAAGAGACAAGGAGGAGCAGCAAGAGAUAA